UUUCUUUCGGAAUAUGUUAUAAUAGUGACCACUGAUAUACAUUUUCCUUUUUUAUAUAAAACGAAAAAAGAACGAAGCAGCUGCGGUUUUUGUGCUCUAACCCCCUUCAUUUUCAAAUUAUCAUUCAUUCAUAUCACAUAUCAUCAACACCAAAAUAAAAACAUUAUCAUAUCUAUAUAUUUAUAUAGUGUAUGUAGUUAUCUACCUAUAGUUAUAGCUAUAUCUUCAAUUCAUGUGAUUUGAAAGAGAUACUAAAGAUGGGGAGAGGAAGAGUGCAGUUGAAGAGGAUUGAGAACAAAAUCAAUAGACAAGUUACUUUUUCUAAAAGAAGGUCUGGUUUGUUGAAGAAAGCACAAGAGAUCUCUGUUCUUUGUGAUGCUGAAGUUGCUCUCAUCGUUUUCUCUACCAAAGGCAAGCUUUUCGAAUACUCCAGCGAUCCUUGUAUGGAAAGAAUUCUUGAACGAUAUGAGAGAUAUUCAUAUACGGAGAGACAGCUUGUUGCAAAUGACCAAUCACCAAAUGAAAACUGGGUUCUAGAACAUGCAAAACUGAAAGCUAGGGUGGAAGUACUUCAAAAAAAUCAAAGGAAUUAUAUGGGAGAAGAGUUGGAUGGGUUAAGUCUCAAAGAGCUUCAGAGUUUAGAACAACAACUUGAUUCUGCUCUCAAACACAUUAGAUCACGGAAGAACCAAGUCAUGUAUGAAUCUAUUUCGGAACUUCAGAAAAAGGAUAAGGCACUCCAGGAACAUAACAACUUGCUCGCAAAGAAGAUAAAGGAAAAAGAGAAGGAACUUGCUCAAGAGGAGCUGCAAAAUAGCAUGGAGGUGGCUCCAAUUGAAACUCAACCAUUGGAAUCUAUGAUUGCAGGAGGGUCCUUACAAGAAAGUUGCAAUGAAGAAACUGGAGCAGAAACUCGAGGGAGUGCCAUUCUUCCGCCAUGGAUGAUUCGUCCUGUAAACGAAUAGACGAGAGGACAGUUACACUGCUGUAUCUGUUUUCAUUAUUAAAAACACAGAUACAGGUUGUUGUUGUUGUUGUAGGAAGCCUAUAAAUAUACAAAUGAUGAAUAUAGGCAUAUGAUGGAUGAAUGAUGAGGACUCAAUACCUGGACUGUAGUUGUGUAAUCAUGGAACAUGUUUGACUCAAUUUCUAUGUAUGCUGCUGAGCAAAGGCCAUGGUUAAAAUGGUCUAGCUAUAGAUACAAGGCUAUAUUUGUAUAAUGUAUACAUAUACAUUGAGUGUUGUUUAUGGUUAUGUUUUAAUAUAAGGAUUAUAAAGAGAUACUUGUUUU